GAGCUGGUUCACUUCCUACAGGGACUGAAAACCAAGUGAGGAGAUGGAUUACAUCAUAUAACUCCAGAGAAUCAUUCAGGAUAGACACCACAGAUCGAUCCUGAACAUCAUCCACGGAACAACUGCAUGUCAAAUCCCUUUGCAGCAUUGCUCGGCACAGAGAAGGUUGGGUCAUGAAACCGUCUGGAAAUCAGUUGGGUCAGAGGAAUUUUGACAUCAUCAGAUCUGACACUGGUCAGUGGUGUGGAGUCUUCUGUCAGAACCAACCUUUCUGAAAGUUCAGCUGUGGAUGAUUGGUCAGGGCGAGGCUGGGAAGAAGUGUGAGUGUCUCCAAGUGUGGUGAGAGCUUCAAUCAUUCAUUGAACUUCAUGGAAAGGAACCCUUUCAAGUGUGAGGUGUGCGGUGGAGCCUUCACACAGUCAUCGAUACUUGUGAAUCAUCAAUGUAUUCACACUGGGGAGAAGCCAUUCAAAUGUAAGGUGUGUAACAAAUCAUUCUCUCGGUCAUCGGCAUUCCUUGUGCACCAAUACAUUCACACAGGGGAGAAACCAUUCACGUGCAAGGUGUGUAUCAAAUCAUUCUCCAACUCAUCCACUCUCCGUUUACACCAACGCAUUCACACUGGGGAGAAACCAUUCACCUGUAAGUUGUGUGUCAAAUCAUUCUUUGACUCAUCCCAUCUUCGCAGACACCAACGAAUUCACACAGGUGAGAAACCAUUCAGGUGUGAGGUGUGUGAGAAAUCAUUCUCGUGGUCAGCUGCUCUCUGUAAACACCAACGCAUUCACACAGGAGAGAAACCAUUCACUUGUGAGGUGUGUGACAAAUCAUUCUCAGCCUCGUCGGACCUCCUGGUCCAUCAGAGGAUUCACACAGGAGAGAAACCUUUCAAGUGUGAGGUGUGCGGCAAAGCUUUCUCGGAGUCAUCGAACCUCCACGUUCAUCAACGCAUUCACACAGGGGAGAAACCAUUCAAAUGUGAGGUGUGUAACAAGUCAUUCUCAAGAUCAUCGACGCUCCAAGCACACCAAAAUGUUCACACAGGCGAGAGGCCGUUCACUUGCAAGGUGUGUGACAAAUCAUUCUCGAGAUCAUCAACACUCCGUGGACACCGACAGAUUCACACAGAAGGAUUGUGUUGUACUACACCAGAGAAUACAGAGAGGAUAGAUAUCACAGACAGAUCCUGACCAUCACCCAAGGAACAACUGCGCAAUUGUGGGAAGACAUCCAGCCCUUUGCAGCAUUGCUCAACACAAAGAAGGCUAGGCAAUAAAACCAUCAUCUGGAAAUCGCUCAAGUCAGGGGAACUUUGAUAUGGUCAGAUCUGAAACUGGUCAGUGGUGUGGAACUGUCCAUUAUAAUCUUUGCAAAGGUUCAGUUGUGGGUGCAGGUUAGGCUGGGAAGAAGUGAGUGGCUCCAUGAACCAUUGACUCAUUCCUACAAGUGAGAAACUGUUCAAGUGUGAGAUGUAUG